CAUAAUUCCGUUCAUUAGCCUAACUAGUUGUUUUACACAAACAGCUUCGCCGUGUUAAUUCUCAAUGAAUAAUGAGAAAGUCUGGUUCCACAGAAACCAGUGAAUCUAGCGCACAUUCUUAGAAAUGAAAAGCUCGCUUGUGGACCUUGUGCAAUGACAGAAUGUUCUGAUGUAGCAAGUGGGCAGGAAAAGCAUCUACACAGAGAACACUUCAAUGUGGGCAAAUAUGGAGUGAAGGAACAGCUGCUUAAACAAAUAUUGGAAACGUGAAGUGACCUCACUGGUGCUAUACAGCAAAAUGAUCACUCUGCUUCUCCUCACCUUCAUCUCCCUGAGCCAAGCAGACAACUUUAAUGAGGUAUACAGUGACCUGGAGCACUACAGGACUAUUUACAUCUCAGAAAAUGGGCCGCGACUCUCAGUUGGGACUGAGAAACCUCGAGUGGUGUCUCAACGUGGGGGCAACGUAACACUGCCAUGCAUUUUCCAUAGGGACUCCUCAUCUCCCCCCAACCCCAAACUGAGGAUCAAAUGGACUAAGCUGACCUCAGACUAUCUUAAAGAGACUGAUGUCUUUGUAGCUAUGGGUUUCCACAAGAAGAGCUAUGGUAGCUUUCAUGGGCGAGUGCAUCUGCAGGGUGCCAGCGACAAUGAUGCCUCAUUGGUCAUUACUGAGAUAACUCUGGAGGAUUACGGAACAUACAAGUGUGAGGUCAUUGAUGGGCUAGAGGAUGACACAGGAGUAGUGUCCCUGGAUCUGCAAGGUGUCAUUUUCCCAUAUUUCCCACGUCUUGGUCGGUACAACCUGAACUUCCAUGAUGCUGAGAAGGCGUGUAGGGACCAGGAUGCCAUUGUGGCUUCUUUCGACCAGCUAUAUGAGGCCUGGAGGGGAGGGCUGGACUGGUGCAAUGCUGGUUGGCUUAGUGAUGGAUCAGUGCAAUAUCCAAUCACCAAACCUCGAGAGCCUUGUGGAGGGAAGAACACAGUCCCUGGUGUAAGGAAUUAUGGCAUGCAAGACAAGGAAAACAGAUAUGAUGUCUUCUGUUUUACUUCUAACUACAAAGGCCGGUUUUACUACCUGACACCUUCUUCUAAGAUGACGUAUGAUGAGGCAGUGAUGGCAUGUCUAAAAGACGGUGCUGAGAUUGCCAAAGUGGGUCAGAUGUAUGCAGCAUGGAGGCUUCUAGGCUACGACCGCUGCGAUGCAGGCUGGCUGGCCGAUGGCAGCGUGCGGUACCCCAUCUCCCGACCCCGGCGACGCUGUAGCCCCACCGAGGCUGCCGUGCGCUUCUCAGGCUUUCCAGACAAGAAACACAAACUCUACGGUGUCUACUGCUUCAAAGGGCAAAACUAGACACACUCCCAAACUCUACUGAGUCUACUGCUUCAAAGGGCAAAACUAGACACACUUACAUGAAGCAUUGAAAGGGAGGAAUCAGUAUGUGUGUUAAAACUGUGACAUUUUUCCAAUACUGUAAUAUGCAGGUAAUUGGGAAUACAGUGUGGAAAUGGUGUGUUUUGAGGUGAAGGUUUUGAGGCGGGAGGGACAGAUUAUGGUGAGAAGAAAAGGUUGCUCUCUCUUCAAAUAGGAAGUUUACUCUGUAAAAUACCAAAACUAUAAAAUAAAUUCAUUUCAAAUUAGGCCAUGCAAAAUUCAUUUUGGGGGUUUGAACAGUGUUUCAGUGAUAUAUGUUUUAUUUUUAUAAUGAGAGACAACUUUGCUGCAAUAUUACAGGAGGAAAAAAUACCUAAAUAAACAAAGAUGACACACCAUCUCACUAGCAAUACAGAACUCUUUUAGUAAACACAUUAGUAAGAACUUGAAGGAUGUGCUAGGGCAGAAUUGGCAGUAAAGCCUUAAAAUACUGGACUAAGACAUGUGGGCACUUAAUUUUCUAUUCAGUAGCAUCAUAUGCCCUGAGAAUUUAACAGCAUGAUGUGUUUUUUUUUCUUCAAUGAAAAAUGAUUAAACAAGUAAACAGCCUAAAGUUUUAUCAGAGCACAAGUAAACAAUCUCUCUCUCUUUUUCUCACAUCCUUCCUUUCAUCCUUACAUGGUGCUAUAGUCUAAAGUAUUUUGUUCUUAGACCAUAUGUUUUAAAAUUGUAUUUAUGACAUCUGCAUUCUCCUUAUCAAGUAUUUUAAGACAGUGCAGAACAAGUAGGAAACAAAACACAGAAACAAAAAAAUGUGCACUGAUCUUCUUUAUUAGUCGGAGGGCCAAAAAGAGACAGAGGCAUGUGGUUCAGGAUAUCAACAGCACCAUUCACAUUUACACAUGAAUUUUUUAUAAUAUGUUUUUAUGUAUUUUAUGUAUUGUAUUUGUAUUUUACAUAACUUACAGGAUGUGUUUUUAGCCUAUGACAGCAGCUCAAUAUAUCAGCAUCCAAGGUCCUCAACUUCAGUUGAAAAAAAAGCACACCUUGCGGAAUAUGUGAGUAGCUUGUGUCCUGUUUUUAUCAGCUACAUAUUCAAAUCUCGAUCUAUAGUUUUAGUAACUGCAUGUUAAUAUCUGUAGAGCACUCUUGAUGUGGCUAAUGUGAUAACUCAAGUAUGUGGGCCACAAUUAAAGAAAAAAAGCAGAACAAGUAUUCACCAGUAGAGCAAACAAACCUUGCAGGUUAAAGUGACUCAAAGAAGACCUGAAUCAGUGAUGCAGGAGCACAGCACACUGCAUAGUGAGCAUGCUGCAUCUAUAUAUUUCCUUUGAGUUGGCUGAAAUACAUUUAACUUGGAGAGUCAUUGAUUAUGGCCUCUGUAAACAAAACACACUGACUGCCAACCCAAGACACACAUUGUCUAUGAUUGUGUAAGACUGAGCAACCAUUUGACAUCUAAAGGGCAUGUGCUAUAUUAGCCACUACUGUUAGCGUAAACAAAAUCUGCUUUUGACAACAUUGGAAAUAAUUCAAAAGCCUUUGUUUAUAUUUCAUUAUAAAUCUAUUUUGCUUUUUUUUUCUUGGCAACUGUAGCCUACAGGUGCCUUGUUUACAGUUUCAAGAAUUACAGUUCUUUUGUGUACAUAACACAUUACAUUUAGGAUUUGAUUGUAUCUACAUAAAGACCCUUUUGUCCCAGAGUCAAGAGAAUAAUAAAAUCAUUUUAAAAUUG